AUGCGCGCGCCGCCGGCGCGGUGCUUUCGUUCCGCGGUCCUGCUGCUCUGCGCUCUCCGGCUCCCGGCGCUCGCGCCGCGGUCCGUCGGCGUCGCGCGCCGCGUCGCGGCGUCGGCGGCCGGCGCCGGUCCCGGCGAGGCGGGGGCCUUGGACGCGGCGUCCCUGACGGACCUGCGCUUCGGCCCGUCGCUCGCCGGGGACCCGCUCGAGCGGCUGCGCUUCGCGAUGAUCCUCUACUCGCGCGUCCACGGCUCGUCGUGGCUCGACGUGCCGCCGGGCUUCGUCGCGCCGGACGACUGGCCCGAGCCCGUGCGCGGCCUCGCGCUCGGCAAGGCCGUCGCCGCGCUCGUGCGCCUCGAGGCCGCCGCGCGCGGCGGCGAGACGCGCCGGAGCGCGACGUCGCCCGACAGCGGCAUGGAGACGGCGCGCGACCUCGCGCCGCCGCGGCCGUCGCGGACGCGGUGGGGCCGGCUGCUCACCGAGUCGACGGGCUUCGACUGGGGCGGCGCGUUAAACCGCGACGGCGCGCGGCGCUUCGGCGCGCUCGUGCGCGCGCUCGCGGCCUACAAGGCCGAAUUCGGCGACGUCGCCGUCGCGCGCGGCUUCCGCGACCGCGCGGUCUACGGCAUGGGCUUCUACCGCGCGCACGUCGUGGGCUUCCCGGACCGCCAGCGCGCGCUCCGGGACCUCGGCUUCGUCUGGGAGCGGCUCCAGCCCGAGUACAACCUCGUCGUCGAGGCGCUCGCGGCGUUCCGCGACGUCUUCGGCCACCUCCUCGUGCCGAGCGCCUUCGUCGUGCCAUCGGGCGACCCCGCGUGGCCCCCGGGGACCGCGGGCCUGCCUUUGGGGCGCCGCGCGCGCCAGAUCCGGCGGCGGCUCGACCACGUCGCCGGCGACGAGCGCCGCUGCCGCCAGCUCGACGAGCUCGGCUUCGUCUGGGACCCGGCGCGGCACCGGGCGGGAAAAGGGUGCGAAAUUCCCAACUUCUCGGCCGCGCGGCACCGCCGGGACCUGCUCCACGAGGCCGCGGCGCGCCACGCCGCGCUCGCCGCGGGGGCACCGGCGCCGUUCGACGACGGGCCCACGCCGCCGCCCGCGCCGCCGGACGUCGACUGGGCGAACUUCGCCGCGCCCGCGCGCUUCGCGGCGCCGCGCGACGGCGAGGCCGGCGCGCAAAACUGGCCGCGGCGCCUCCGCGGCUUCAAGCUCGGCGCGCGGCUCGCGGACGCGCGGCGCGGCGCCGCGCCGCGCGACGGCGCGUUCGAGGCCUUUUUCGCCGCGCUCGAAACCUACGUCGCGCUCGAGGGCGACGCGGACGUGCCCCAGAAGUUCGUCGUCCCGGACAGCGGCGGGCCCUGGCCGCCCGCGGCGCGCGGGCUCCGCCUCGGCGCGCGCGUCGCCGCCGUGCGGUCCAAGGGCACCUACGUCGGCGGGCGCCGCGGCGCCGGCGACGUCGCGGGCUUGUCGCCCGCGGCGCGCGCGCGGCGGGCGCGGCUCGACGACCUCGGCUUCCUCUGGGUCAAGCGCGGCGCGGCGCGGCCGCGGGCCCGGCCCGCGCCGCCCGAAACCGCGCGCCCGUGGCGCACGGUUGACGCGGUCAUGGCGCGCCUCGCGCGGUUCCGCCUCGCGGCGGCCCUCGCGGCGGCCCUCGCGGCGGCCCUCGCCGGCGCCCAGACCCCGACCUACGCGCCGUCGCGGAGCCCCGCGCCGACGCCGGAGCCCUCGCGGAGCUUCGCGCCGACGCGGAGCUUCGCCCCGACGCGGAGCCCCGCGCCGACGGCCGCGCCGAACGUCGCGCCGACGCCCGAGCCCCGGGGGAAGCGCGGCGGCUCGAAGGAGUGGUACGAGCGCUGGUGGAACGCGCUCCGGCCCUCGAGCCACCUCGGCCGCCGCGACACGAUCAUCGCCUGGGGCCUCAUCUACGCGUGCUGCAGCUUCUGCUUCGUCCUGUCCCUGGGGACCUGGGGCGUGCGCACGUACCGCGCGCCGGAGGACCCGGCGCCGCCGCGCGACGACGCGGCCUACGAGACCGACGACGACGACGACGACUACCGCCGGCGCAAGGAGGAGCGGCGGAAGCGGCGCGAGGCGCGCCGCGCGAAGCGCGACGCCGAGGCCGCCGCGGCCGACGCCGGCGCCGCCGAGGAGACCAAGGAGGGCGACGCGGCGGACGUCGAGGCGCCGCCGGAGCCCGAGCCCGAGCCGGAGCCGCCGGCGGACGACGGCGCGUCGUCGCCGGAGAAGAAGAAGAAGAAGAAGAAGAAGGCGCGCGACGACGCGGAGGAGACGCCCGCGGAGGAGACGGAGCCGGAGACGGAGGGCGCGCGCGAGCUCCGGCGGCUCCAGAAGGAGGAGCGGCGCCGCCGCCGCCGCGAGGCCGAGGCGCGCGCGCGCGACGAGGCCGACGCCGCGGCCCGGGCGGCGACGUGCGGCGCGCGGUGCGCGGCCUGCGGCGCGCGGGCCGCGGCGGGCUUCCGGGCCUUCGGCGCGGCGCUCCGGCGCGUCGGCCACCGCUUCUGCGAGGUCUCGGGGGCCAUCUGCUACGCGGCCGCGGGCUGCUGGCUCGGCGCGCUCGGCGUCUGCUGCGCGCGCUGCGCGGCCUUCUUCCUCGGCAAGGAGUACGACCCGGCGGCGCGGCCCGCGCCGCCGGGCGACGGCGACCUCCGCGUCGAGGGGCGGCGGCUCUACCCGCGCACGGAGGCCUUCGACCGCGCGGAGCGGGGCCUCCGCGCCGCGGACGACGACGACGGCGACGACGGCGACGACGGCGGCGACCGCGCCGCGCGCGACGACCGCCGCCGCCGCCGCCGCCGCGCGCGGGACCGGCGCCGGGACCGGCGCCGGCUCCGCGACGACGACGACGACGACGACGACGACGACUACUGGGCCCGGCGGCUCCCGCCCGCCGCCGCCGAGCCGCGGCGCGCGCGGCCGCGCCUCGAGCCGCUCGACGCGCCGACGGACGACCAGCGGCGCAUGGCGAACCACCUCGCGCUCCAGGGCCACCGCGUCGAGCUCCGGGGCCCCGAGGGCUCGCCGCGGCGGCUCCGCGACGCGGACCGCCACGGCGGCUCGCGCGGCUCGCGCGACUUCCGCGGCGACCGCGGCCGCGGCGACCAGGCGCUCUUCGCGCCGCCGCCGCCGCUGCUCCGCCGCGACGACGACUCGCGCGAGCCGCCGCGGCCGCCGCGCGCGCCGGAUCGGACGCUCGUUAUGAAUGGAUGGAGCGCCGUCAGACUCGUCAUCUAUUUCUGA